UCUGGAAUCGAAUUAAAAUUCUGACUAUAGACUAAAAUGUUGCUUUUGUGUGCUAAGCAUUGAUUCGAUAGAAUAAUAUUCUAGAAUCUAGAAUUAAGUAAAGUAUUUUAAGUAUAUUGCAGUAUACUCGUGAUCGUGACUAUCAUAUAAAUAUACAAAUAUAAAACAUGUCUAAUGUAUUUGGGUUAAUUGUAUCAGGGCGCCUCGUGCAGACAAACUUUGCGCCACUAUCUGAGACUCAGUUUCUCAUCACAAUCACGGAAGCGGAUAAUAUUAACCAUGCGGUGGUCUUCCUAACGGGUGUCGCGCCACUGCCGGCCGGUACCGUGGGCAUGGUGUAUUGGAGCUGGCCAGACCCAGCUGCACCACCCAACUGGCAACUUCUAGGACAUAUUUCCAAUACAAAACCCUCCGCUAUCUUUAAAAUAGGAACUUUGAAAAAGCUACACGAAUUAUCAAGUGAAAAUAAAUUUAUAAGUGCGUUUGGUCAGCAACAGAUAUGUCACAACGCUCAGAUUGGUAUAGCUAUUGAACCUGAAUCAAAUGUUCAACUGCUUGCUUCCUCUGUAGUAAGUACAUCAGCUACUUAUGUAUUUGGUUAAAGUUUACUUUGUCUUCAAAUAUGUUCACAUGGUGGUUGUAGUUCUCAAACCUAUUGUUCUGGAUGUGAUGUGAAAGAAGAACAGGUGGAAUUAAUCCAAAGAGUUUCUAUUAAAACCUGGUUUGUUGAAUUACAUAGAAUAGGUAUGUUUUUACCAUCAACAUAUUAAAUGCCCACGGGAAGAAGUGAUACAUCUAAUAAGAGCCGAGCUGCAGGUGAAACCGUGCGAGGAUAUCUUGUAAUUAUUAAACAUAAUCUAAAACGUAAAAUAUAG